CAUCAAACAACCAAAACAAUCAUAAUAACCAAAAUAAUAAUAUUUUCGAAAUGGCCAAUGAAAUGACGACAAAAAAUGCCUUAUGCACUGAUGAUUUAGAUGAUCUUGUCCUAAAUGGUGAUGAUUUAGAUAAACAAUUAACAAUUCCAUUGAAUGGUUGUGGUGGUCAUCAUAAUCAUAAUAAUAGUUCAUCACCAUCAUCAUCCGUAACAGCGACAUCUACAGGUGCAAAUUUUAUACGUAGUAAUAAUAUUUAUUCAGCUGGACCAUUAUUAUCAACAACAAAUAAUAAUAAUGUUAAUGGUAUGAUGAUAAAUAAUAAACAUGUUACAUGGCGUCCAGAAACACCACCAUCACCAAAUAUUUAUACGCAAUAUACAAAUAUUGGUUAUAUGCCAAUAACACCAAUCGAUUCAAUUGAUUCAUAUCAAUUAAUAUCAUCAACUGUUGGUACUUCAAAUAAUUCCAAUACACAUAUACCAAUGUCUUAUACAUUGUCCGGUUUAAAUAAUAACAAUAGUGGUGGUGGUGGUGGUGAUUGUUAUGAAACAACAUUUAUGGAUCAACAACAACAACAACAACAUCCAAAUCAUAAUUAUAAUCAUCAUUCUGUGCCUCAACAACAACAACAACAACAUUCACCAUACGGUGUUAUUGUUUCUGAUAAUAAUGUUGUUGGCGUUGGUAAUACAAUGACAAACAUUCCAAUGUCAUCAUCAUCAUAUCUUUCACAACAACAACAACAACAACAUAAUCAAUUAUUAUCAUCAUUACAGAAUAAUAAUCCAUAUGGAAUACAUACAUCAACAACAGCAACAGCAAUAGUAACACCUCAACAACAACAACAAUCUUGUCAUGUUUAUGGUAGUACAUUACCAAGACGUGUACGUGUGAUACCCAAUAAUAAUAAUAAUAAUAAUGGUGGUGUAGGUAUGGGAAUUACUACACCAUUAGGAAUUAUUCCAGGUAUACCUGGAUCAUCAUCAAUAGCAUCAUCAUCAAGUAAUGGUACUACUAAUAGUAGUAGUUUAGGUACAACAAAUCAUAGUCAAACAACACAAUCAUCAUCAUCAUCAUUAUUAUUGCAUCCAACAGCAAUUAAUGUCGGUGGUGGUGGUAAUCAAUAUCAAUUUCAUCAUCCAUCAACAACAACAAACCAUAAUGGAUUAAAUAUUAACCAACAACAGCAACAACAACAACAAACGCCCACAUCGUCAUCAUCAUCAACAACAACAAAUAUUAGUGAUCAAUCAUCAGCAAUGACACAAGUAUAAUUAUAAUUAUAAUGAUGAUGAUCAAUAAUAAUUAACAAAAAA